GUGCCCGCGCAUUCAAUAUCUUACAGGUCCCGUGCGCCGCCUGUCUCCGCGCUCGCCAUCGCCUCCUCGUCGACUAUUUAUCGGCGAUUUGUUACCCGGGAAGCAUGUACAACUUGGACUCCAAUCGAUUCGGCCGGUAACACUGAGUCAAACGCGUAUUAGUCGCCCACCAUGAGUACCUUCAAAGACAUCAUGUCCAUAGUCGACCCUACAGCGCCGAAGACAACAUCAGCACCCAAGCAAGUCGCACCUGCCGGCGCCCCGAAGCCUGUGCCACGACCGGCUGGAGGAGCAAAUGGCGCAUCACAGGCUCCACAGCUGAAGCGUAAAGCAUCCGGUCCAGUUGAGAGCAGCCAGGUCAAGAUACAAAGGAAAGAGGGCAUUAGUCACCCAGCGCAGACGAAUGGUGCGGUUCGUUCUUCGUCGACGCCUGCCGCAGCGAGACCAAUAGCACCCACGCCUGUUUCGACCGUCCCGUACCGCGGAACUGCAGCGCCGGCAUCUGCAAAGACUACAAAUUUGACCGUGAGGAGGCCUCCUCCUUCGUCAUCCGCAUCAUCUGUACCACCCAAGGCUGCAGCGCCUGCCCCUAAACCGGCACUGGCAGCUACCGGCUCGACUGCAGCGUCGGCGACUGCGCCUAAGAAAGGAUAUCUAGCUCUACUUCAGAAAGCGAAAGAGAAGGAUGCAACGAAGCCCAUUGCCUCGCCAGCGAAGCAUGAACCAACAAAGAUCCUGUCAAGAAAGGAACGUUUGGCACUCAAGGCAGAAGCAAGUGCAGGCGCCAAGGGCAAGAAGCCAGGCAUAGGGCUGCCUUCGAGGCAUCUAAAUGCGAAGGUCGAUCCGUCGAAAGAGAAACGGAAACCAAUCGAAGUGGGUUAUCAAGGCACUGCACGGCCGACCAAGAAGCCUGUCGAGGUUGGAUACAGGGGAACCGCUCGACCAGCAAGUGCUCCCGCACCUUCAAGUAGGGACGGGAUAGCUGCAGCCAAGGCGAAAUCGAAGCAGGCCAAAGGACGUUUUGAUGGAUAUGCAGAUUGGGAUGAUCUCGAUGACAUGGACGAGGAGGACGAGGACGACUACGCAUCCGAUGCCUCCUCUGACAUGGAAGGCGGUGUAUGGGAUGUUGAACAGGAAGAGCAGAUGGCACUCAAGGUCGCAAAGAAGGAGGACGCUGAAGCACUAGCGGAGGAAAUGAGACUCAAGCGUGAGAAAGACGAACGAAAGCGGAAGUUGAUGGCCAUGUCGAAAGCAGCUGCCGCCAAAAAGAGGUACUGAGCACCAUGGUCAGGAGUUACGGUUUACGAUUUCAUGGCAUACCACACGGGCGUUUUAUCAGCAUUACUGCGACUGCAUAGCCUGGAGCUGGUUACACUUUGGAACUUUUUUUUCUGUCGCCAGGGCGCAUUCAUGAUUGUGUGCAUAUUGGAGCAACGAUCGAACCUUCACAGUAAGUGGUCACUAGAUGAGACUACGUAUAUUGUAUAUUGAACAACGCUGUUGGUGUUAAACCUUCAGUCCUAAGAAUCAUAAUGGUAUUUUACAUAUAGCUG